AUGGCCUUCGCUGCUCUUCGAGUGUUCCUCAUCUUGGGCCUUUUGGCUACUUCCUGCUUUGCUCAGGCCCCAGGAGCUGCUCCCGCUCAGCCCCCAGCUGCAUCCCCACCGACAGCCACCACACCUCCUCCCGCCACCCCACCGCCCGCGACUCCUCCACCUGCUACUCCACCUCCCGCUGCCGCGCCUGCUCCCACCACUCCUUCACCAGUGGCUUCUCCUCCCUCAGCCACCCCUGCUGGUUCUCCGGGGCCAUCCUCCGAAUCACCUGCUGGCUCCCCACCCGCCCCUGCUGCUGAGGGCCCUUCAACCGGCGCUGCCGGCCCUGCUUCUGGGCCAACCGCCGGAUCUACUCCACCACCCUCUGCCGCAUUCUCGGUCAGCAAGGCCUUCGCCGCCGGGACUGCUUUUGUGGCUACAUUUGCGGCCAUGGCUGUGAUUGCUUGA